AGAGAAACAUUUUUUGUCUCCGUGAGAUUUUCUGACGUAUCGCACAUCGACUCGGGCUAUUCCACAUCACUGAGAAACUCAAAAUGGCAAGGUUUUUGCUCGUCGUAGCUCUGAUCGCGGCUAUUUCCGUCGGAAUCGGCGGUUCGCCCGUUUCUCAAUUGAGUGUCCCAGGACAGCAUGGGGGCCAGCAGCAGGAUUUCCAGAGACCUGGGCAAGUUUUUGACGCGCAAAAACAACGCACGGGAUUUGGGCAAGGCGACCAACACCAUCCGCAACAACAACAGCUUCCAGGGGGAUACGGAGGUCAAAGCGGUGCUGGACAACAACAGCAUACAGCUGCUGGGGUUCAAGGCCAACAAUCAGGUCAAUUUAGAAGGGACGAGGGCUUGGUGAACCCAGGACAACCGCAGCAGCAGCAGCAGCAGCAGCAACACCGCCAACUUGAUGUGAAUCCCCAACGUCAGGGGCAACAAAACGUACCAUCGGCGCAACAUUUCCCUGAACAACAACUACAACGGGCUCAGGCAGUGCGUGUGAACAAGAGAAGUGUCGUGUCGCAACUUAAAGAAAGUUCGCAUAAUGAAGAAGGAAUGAGCGGAAAGGAUAAAUUGCCGGCGACACGAAGUGAGGGAGAAGGCGCCAAACAAGACCACAAGCAACACGGGGAAGGUCAUGAACACAAGCAACAUCACGGGGAAGGUCAUGAAGCGAAGCAAGGCCACGAAACGGCUCACCAUGAAAGGAAAUUGAAUUGAAAACUGCUUGAUAAAUUUCCCGGAGAGUGGAAACGGUUUAAAACGGAUGCAUGAAAUUGAAAAAUCUUCCGCUUGCAAUGGAUUAUGUACAGUAUUCCAGAAAAGCAUUGUAAAGCGGCGAUGUGUUUCUUCGCAAAAAAUUUUUGAGGAAUAAAAAAAAGUUUCUAGAAUCAA